AUGCCUUUCCCCAUCGUAUACCCCAAGCAAGACGGCCCUGGCCGCCUGCUCGAGCUCUGCACGUUCCGAAAGAGUAGCCUCCCCGACAAAGAGUGGAACGAAAUCUUCUACGACACGACGGGAAUCUCGCUCACCUUCCCUAUUUCAAGGCAAUCCCUCUACGCCUCUCAGAUCGAGGACCCCCAGAUCGCCGUUCUCAUCGCAGACUGGACCUCGGCAGAGGAGAAGGACAUAUUCGAGCCAAGUGAACGCUAUCAGAGCAUCAAGCCCGCGUUUGGCAAGCUCAUCGACACGACAAACCCUUCUUUCACUUGCCACCACCUGAUCCUUCCUGGCGCGGCGAAGACACCUGCUAGCCCCUUCCUAUCCGCUUCCCAUAUAAGGAUACCCGCCAAAAAGCAAGACGCAGCCGCCGUCGCUUUUGAGGAAUACCUAAGCUCUGGAACCGCCCUCGAUGGCCUAGAAUACCUCGUCGUGGCGCCCUCGCGCGAGGACGCCAACACGAUUGUCUGUAUUGUCGGGACUAGGGAUCCUGAGGCCGCGAAAGCGGUUGGCGCCACACUGGAGCACGAUAAGCUUAAGGACGCACUUGAUGCGCUAAAAGAAUCUGGUAGCAAAUACAUGGCCAAGGUGAUCAGCGCCAAGGACGCCAAUCCGCAGGCGUUACCGGCGCCCUGA